AUGUCUAAGAGAAGGUACUUGGCCACUGUACUGGGUCAGUACUUGGCCACCCUGCUGUGUCAGUACUUGGCCACACUACUGCACCAGUACUUGUCCACCCUACUGGGCCAGUACUUGGCCACCCUACUGGGUCAGUACUUGGCCACCCUACUGGGCCAGUACUUGGCCAUCCUACUGGGUCAAUACUUGGCCACCCUGCUGGGCCAGUACUUGGCCACCCUACAGGGCCAGUACUUGGCCACCCUACUGGGCCAGUACUUGGCCACCCUACUGGACCAGUACUUGGCCAUCCUACUGGGCCCUAACUUGGCCAUCCUCUGGCUAAGUACUUGGCCACUGUACUGGGCCAGUACUUGGCUAUCCUACUGGGCCAGUACUUGGCCAUCCUACUGGCUAAGUACUUGGCCACCCUACUGGCUAAGUACUUGGCCACCCUACUGGCUAAGUACUUGGCCACCCUACUGGCUAAGUACUUGGCCACCCUACUGGCUAAGUACUUGGCCACCCUACUGGCUAAGUACUUGGCCACUCUACAGGCUAAGUACUUGGCCACCCUACUUUGCCAUUACUUGGCCACCCUACAUGGCCAGUACUUGGUCACCCUACUGGGCCAGUAGUUGGCCACCCUACUGGGCCAGUACUUGGCCACCCUACUGGGCCAGUACUUGGCCACCCUACUGA